UUAACUUCGAAUUGUGUGAUUUGAGAAAGAUGAAAGGUUCAGUAUUUAUCUCACUUGUUGCCCUCUUGGCCUUGGCUUCCUCCUUUGCUUCUGCCUAUGACCCCAGCCCUCUGCAAGAUUUUUGUGUGGGUGUGAAUGAUACCAAACUUGGAGUAUUUGUAAAUGGGAAAUUCUGCAAAGAUCCCAACCUUGUGGUAGCAAAUGACUUUUUCUUCCACAUAAUGGAAGGCAACACAUCAAAUCCGCUGGGCUCUGCAGUGACUCGAGUGUCUGUAAAUGAAUUCCCAGGACUCAACACUCUCGGUAUCUCCCUUGAACGUAUCGAUUAUGCGCCCUAUGGUUUGGAUCCUCCCCACAUUCACCCUCGUGCCACUGAGGUGUUGACUGUCCUCGAAGGGACUCUCAUGGCAGGAUUUGUGGCCUCCGAUCAAAAUGAUAACCGUUUCUUUACCAAAGUACUCAACAAAGGAGAUGUGUUUAUAUUUCCCUUUGCUAUGGUUCACUUUCACCUCAACAUCGGCCAUGACAAUGCCGUUGCCCUUUCUAGUUUUAGUAGCCAAAAUCCAGGAGAAACUACUAUUGCAAAUGCUGUGUUUGGAUCCAAACCUCUCAUCCCUAUUGACGUUCUUUCUAAGGCCUUCCAUGUUAGCAAGGACCUAAUUGCCUAUCUUGAAAAGCAACAACAGUACGACAAUAACUAAACGAUCUAUUUUGUAAUAAAAUAAUAAAUAAAUAAAUAAAUAUGCAUGCACCUUUAUGUUGUAACCUUACUUAUAUGAUGUGCGUGCGUGCGUGCAUGCAUAACCAAGCCUCUUUCCUCAUGUUGUAAUCUCAAUCAUAUAUUUUGGCUUCUUUUUUCCCUUGUACGUUG